CCCAUAAAACUAUAACGGUCAAAUCAAGUGAACAGAAAGCAAAUAUAACAUAAAACUUGCAGGUAAAGCAUCAUUCAUGGUUUAGAUAUCAUUAUAACUUGCAUAAGCAGCCGAUCGUCCUAUGAAACAAGGAACCAAAAUGUGGCAUCUGUUGUGUGCGAUCAUAUGCUUGUUACAUGCACCACAACUUUCAGAAUGUUUGGCUCAAUCGGAUUUGAACUACAUCGGGGAAAAUUUGAAUGUGCAGUUUAACGUGAUCAAUAAUUUAAAUGGAAAUAAUGAAAACUUCAACGCUGAAGUACUUUUGCAUAACACUGGACCUUCAGUUAUAAAUAAGGAUUCAUGGGAAAUAUUCUUCUAUAGUUUGUACAUGAUAGAACCAGAUCACUUACCAAAUAUUGCGGGUUACGAAAUCCCUCAAACAGGACUCACGUUUUAUCACGUGAAUGGAAUUCUGUUUAAAUUUAGCCCUACCGCUAAUUUUAAAAGUCUUCAGCCUGGCGCUACUUUAACUGUCAGUCUGGUGAUUCAAUAUUGGAGCGUAUCUAGAACUGAUCACAUGCCCCGCUGGUAUGUUGCUUCUCAAGGUUUUUUACCAGUGAUGUUAAAAUCAACGGAAAGUGAUUCGGAGUUCGUUGGUAGCUUUGAUACAAAAGAUAAAUACAAGAGAUAUGCUGAUGACAGAUACCACCCAUUUUCCGGAGAAGAUAGAUACGCAAGAUUUAGCUCCAUGAACCACGAAGCAACACCAAAGCCAAUUAUACCAACACCCACCGAAAUUACGGUGGAAAACGCAGAUACGUUGGUCGAUAACACUUGGAAAAUAAAUUGUCUUGAACCAUUCUAUCAAAAAGAAUGUCAACUUUUAUCGGAUUUCUUUAAGAUCAAUAUACAAGAUACAGUAAUAACUGAAAAGGUCAUAACAGUACGAAAUCAAAAUGUUGCAGUCGACGAAGCUUUGUACACCGAAGAAGCGUAUGCACUGACAAUAGGAAGUGGUUUAAUUAUCAUUGAAGCUCCAGAUUCAAGCGGAAUAUUUUAUGCAAGUCAAUCGUUAAAAUCAUUAACAAAGAAAAAUGGAGACUCAUUCACAAUAAAACAAGCCUCAAUUAAGGAUGCCCCUAGGUUCCAAUACCGUGGUAUGCAUAUUGAUGUGGCAAGAAACUUCGUCCAAAAAUCGGACCUAUUAAAUUUGAUUAAAGUUAUGGGAAUGUAUAAGCUGAAUAACUUACAUUUACAUCUGACUGACGAUGAAGGAUGGCGAAUUCAAAUGGAGUGGUGCCCGGAACUUACGUCGAUAGGUGCUAGAAGAGUGCACGAUGUAAAUGAAACAGAGGGGAUUAUUCCACAAUUAGGGUCCGGGCCUUUCAACGACACAAGUGGAAGUGGGUUUUAUUCGAAAAAUGAAUACAUAGAAAUCUUAAUGGAAGCAGAAAAGAAUCAUAUAAGGGUGAUUCCUGAGAUAGAUCUACCAGGCCACGCGCAUGCAGCGAUUAAAUCGAAUUUACAAUACUACAAACGGUUGCUAAGCGAAGGUGAAAAUCAAGAGGUAGCGGAAGAUUCCUUAAUUUCGGACUUACAAGACAAAUCUAAAUAUUUAUCUGUUCAAAUGUUUACUGACAACACGGUUAACCCUUGCAUACCAGGAACUUACACGUUUAUAAGGAAAGUUGUUAAAGAACUUGUAGAUCUUCAUAAUGGAGUUCAGAAUUUGACCGUGUUCCACUUGGGUGGCGACGAAGUGGUUGAUGCGUGGACAGAAUCAGAGAAAUGUCGACAAUUUUUAAAUGUUACUACUAGUUUUCCGUCAAGUGUUAGUGACCUGAUGGAGUAUUUCAUAAAAGUGGCGAGCUACUCUGUUUUGAAUGCGACAAGUAAUAAUCUGAAGUUGGGGUUUUGGGAAGAUGGUGUACUUGGGGAAGGCGAUGAACCAUAUACUAAACCAGAUAUAUCUGAUGAUGAUGUUAUAGCGUACGCGUGGCAAAACAUAUGGGAAUGGGGUGUUGCUAACCGAGCGUAUAAGCUCGCCAAUGCCGGAUAUAAGGUGGUUCUUUCUCAAGCAACUCAUUUGUAUUUUGACAUGCCAAAUGAACCUGAUCCGGAAGAACGAGGACUUUACUGGGCAUCAAGAUUUACUGACAGUUUCAAAACGUUCGGAUUCAUGCCAGAUUCUGUUUACGACAAUGUUGAUGUAAAACGUAGUGGAGAAUCAUACACAAAGUCAGAGCUUUGUCAAACAGAUGGCGCGUGUACGCCUUUAGAUAAGCCAGAAAACAUACUGGGAAUGCAAGGACAACUGUUCUCCGAGACUGUCAGGACGAAACAAGAUUUGGAAUAUAUGAUAUAUCCUAGAAUAAUAGCUUUAGCUGAACGUGCCUGGCAUAAGGGUGCUUGGGAAGCUACAUCUGGUGCGGGUGGCAACAUGGACUUACGCGAUAAAGAUUGGUCCGAAUUUGCUGCAGCAGUAGGAACAAAGGAAUUAAAUAGACUGCAUGACCUUGGUAUCGAAUACCGAAUUCCAUUACCAGGAAUCAAACAAAUGAUUAGUGCAAACGAAACUGGUCCAACCAUUACAUGUGAGUUUCCUGGGUUAGAAAUUGCUUAUCGAGAAGUUGGUGCUGACCAAUGGAGAACAUCUGUGUGUUGGAGCAUACUUCCACUUGCAGUCAACAAAGAUUAUGAAUUUAAAACUGUUUCAUUUGGAAGGGAGAGUCGCACCAUGAAAGCCACGAUACAAAUGAUAAACCCACCAACCCCGCAGACAACUACUAGUGGUUAUCAACGUGUGCUUGGUUUGUCUCGCCUGUACUGCAUCUGGUUUUCAUUUCUGUCUUACUCUCUCACCAUUAACAUGAUUUAAAACUUCUCUCACUUAUAUAACAAUGUAUGCUGUACCUAUAACACCAUAUAGGCAUAUACGCACUCGCUGCAUUAUAUACACAUGCUUUAUGUUUAAAUAAUUUACGUCGUUUAGCCUCAAAGUUAGUACGGCGUUCUCGGCUGAGUUUCUUACUGCAUUUUACUGCAUCGCAACUCACGUUCAUUAGUUUUAUGCACCGCAAUAUUUUAAGCAUACAGUCUUUCUAAAUAAUUAAUUACAACUCGCACAACCAAUUUGAAGCAGGUACGUUAAUUUUGUUCACUUAUACUUGACACGUAUCUCCAUUACAAAGCUGGAUAAACUCGAGAAACACAUUUCUGCUAUGAAAGUCAAGUACCAUUUUUGUUUUUGUGAAUAAUAGCUGGAAUUUUCAAACGAAAAAAACAUAGACUGGAACAAGUGUGAUUUAUCGUAAAUAUCGGUAACGAGAAUUAAGAAUAAUCACUAAAUAUUUUCGGCUUACUGCUUUAAAACGUUCAAUUCAUUUGCAGUUUGUACACUAUAUAUAUAAGUCUUAAUACUUUUCGCCCAUAUGUCAACUCAAAAUAAGCACCCAAGGCGUAUAUGGAUAUCGUCCGGCACGGUUUUAUUGAAAUGGGCUCUUUGAGUGUGAGCCAACGAAACAUAUUUAACACCCUCUAAUACUAAUACACACCAUAGGUUGAGGAAUUCACAAAUCUAAUUGCUAGUACAAUUUACUUGAUUCAGCUGCUACCAUUUUAAAUAAACUAUAAUUGCGCACA